CCUUCUCUCUGUCUCUCUCUCUCUCUCUCCCCAUCUCUUUCUCUCUGUCUCUCUCUCCAUCUCUCUCUGUCUCUCUCAGGGUGAUGGUAAUAUCCGGUACUAUGAGAUCAGCUCAGAGAAGCCCUACAUGCACUUCCUCACAGAGUACCGCUCACACACUCCUCAGAAAGGAAUGGGUAUCAUGCCAAAGAGAGGCCUGGACGUGAGCUCCUGUGAGGUGUUCAGGUUCUACAAACUGGUGACGAUCAAGGCCCUCAUCGAACCCCUCUCCAUGAUCGUACCUCGCAGGUCGGAGUCGUACCAGGAUGACAUCUACCCCAUGACGGCGGCGAGCGAGGCCGCCAUGUCGGCCGAGGAGUGGCUUAGCGGCAUUGACAAAGGCCCGGUGCUCCAGUCUCUGAAGCCUGGGAGUCGAGUACCGGACUCCUACCCGGAGCUGAGCUCCGGCCUGGGCAGUAAGGGGCUGGGCAACUCCCUGGGCUCUCGGAGGUCCCAGAGCCGACCAGGCCAACUGCAGCUGGCGUACAUCCAGGACCAGCUUGGCAACAAGGAGUGCAGGAGUAAGACGUCGGUCAGCAACGGACAGGACCCCACGCUCUGCUCGCCUCCCAAAACAGAGAACGAGGUAUGGGGCGGUUUCGAUCUGCGUCUGAAGUUCCACAAGCAGCAGGAGGAGAUCCGGCGUCUGCGGGAGAUGCUCAACCAGAGGGACGUACGCAUCAAGCAGCUGGAGCUGGAGAUCAACAACGUGAGGAAUUCCCAGGACUCGCACUGAGAAGAGGCUCCUCUUGCCCCCUCCGUCGUACCAAGCCACCCUCACCUCUCCCUGGAUUACUCUCUGACCACCCCCUCCCCCGCUCUCUCACCCUGGGGGUCUCACUGUAAUUAACACCCCUCUAACCCCUCAACCCCCACCUUCCUUACCCGAAAGACAAGGGCCCUUCCCAGGGUCCUCGCUGUCUCAUCGCAGAACACUAUCUGUCUAUGUGGAUGGGUCAAAGCCUCACCAGGGCUUCUCAUGUCCCCCAUAUAUGUACAUACACCGAUAGACUCUCAGUCACUCCUCAAUAUGUAUCAUAUUUUAAUGCUACUGCAUCAACAUACAUGUAAGCCGCUUGUCCCUCUCCCUGCUCCUCUCCCCAAAGUCCGUUUGCCUUUUUCCUUUUGUACACUUCAGAGCUAUGCAAGUUUGAUGUAUUUUAGUUUUGUUUUUGUGGUAAAAACCAAACAUGUUUAUGCCCUUUUUAUUUGAAAAAGAAUGAAAAUAAGAUGUACGUGCCUGUCUUUAAAAGAUGCUGUGGUUGUCUGCUGGUUAUAUUUGAAUGUUGUCCGGAUGGGAGCAGAUGUCACACAUGAUUGUAAGAUACACUGAAUUGAUUUCCUAUGCUUUGUGAUUUUGCAUAUUUAAACAACUGUACAUGGAUGGAUGGAUGCUGGUGGAGAUGUCUGCGGUGGUGUCUACAUCUAGAAUGACAGAGUAUAUGUGUGGGUGAGAGACAGACAGGGGGAAAGAGACGUGCGUCAUUUUGUAUAUAUUGAGUCAAUUUGGCUCUUUUCCAUUUAAAGGUAGGCUCAGCGAUAUGACGUCGAUGCAGAAAGUAAACAUAGUGGGUCAAUUUCCACAAUAAGGGCGUUGAAGCGCGAGGCAAAACUUCUCUGCUUUAUUUUGUCCCGCUACGGUUGUGUGAACAAGCGUGAAGCGAACCCGUGCACAUGCGCAGAUACAGUCUGUGACUGUGUGAGAACGAAGUCUUGCAUCUCACUCGUCACAAUAUCUGCGGUGCUGCUCGUGGCAACGUCAUUUCACUGAGUCCAACUUUAAUGAAGCUGCGUUUUGUUUUAAUGACUGGUAAACUGGUGAAAGAUCAAUCAACUGAAAGAACAAUCGUUUCCCAGCAGCUUUUAAAUACACCAUUUAUUUUUCCUGAAAGCAGCCCAGGGAAUCUCACUUGUCGUUUUUAAAAUAGCAUUUAUUUAUUCUGUUUUUUUAAUUUGUUGACAACAAAAAAAAGGUAGUAUGGAAUGAUGACCAAUUACAGAGGCAUGUUUUCACACCAGUGGCCACAGCCAUGCUUCAGACACACCAUUGAGUACGUCUAACACUAUCAGAUAACACACACACCACAUCAUGUAGGGAGUGGGUUGGUAGGGCACACAAAGUUUUACUGUUUGGUGCUGGUCCAUCUGUUUUCAUUGUUCCGAAGCCACUGUGUAAAAGUAGGAAUGAUUGUUUUAAAAAAGGGAUUGAAUGAACCUCAAAAAGCCAUUGUGGAAUAUAUGACUUAACAGGGAACUUGAUAACUGUGUUGUUAAUUUGUAAGUGCUGACCCAAGUGAUUGGGUUGUCUCUUGAAAACGACAGAGGAAACUGUAAAAGGGAAUAUAUGUGUUUGGAGCAGGCUCAUUUGUUCAGGAUAACACUAAGCCUUUGUUUUUGAUAUGAUGUCCAUUUCUUUUGUGAUGCACUACAGAGGAGGCUGGUUGGAGGAUCUGUAGGAGGCCAUGCUCAUUUUAAUGGCUGGAAUAGAAUGAAUGUAACAGAGUCAAACAUGUGUUUGAUAUCAUUCCAUUUAUUCCAUUCCAGCCAUCACAAUGAGCCCAUCCUCCUAUAGCUCCUCCCGCCAGCCUCCUCUGCAAGUACUUACUUGGUGGUUCAUAAUAUUUUGAAAUGGAAAUACUAUGACAAGAAAUGGGAUUGGAACUGCUCUGUAAUUGUGCAUCAUAAUAUGUUAGUUAGACAAUCAGAGACCCACUGCCCCUGUCCAAAGAAAAGCAAGAGGCCAACGUUUGACUGUAUUUAAAUCUCAACAUUUUACACAAGCACGGAUCACAUACGCCAAAAUAUAAUUGUGAGCUAUUCAACACUUGUGAGGAGGCAUCUAGAGAAGACAUCCCCUAUUCCCAUAGAGAACCGUGGUCAAAGAGCAGCAUUAGGGCAAGCCAACCAUUGUCACCGCUAGUAUAGAUUUAUUAAUAAAACAUUAACAUGUAACUGCAUAAGCUUGGAUAAUAUUGCACUAAGUGGGCCAGGGCACCUGCAAUGGUUUUGGUUUUAGCCUUAUUUGUCGGCUCAUAAAUGCUAUUGUAUGUAGGCCAAUGUAGCUCAGUCAGAGUAUUGCCAUUUGAAGGGUAAUAUUUCUAAAUGGUACUUGACUGAAUGGAGUCACUACUUAGCUAAUGGCACCUUAGGGAAGACAGUCUCAGAAACAAUCCGAAUGCGACUGUUAUUGUAAUCCAGAUGGUCAUUGUGGAGUGCAUGUAGUCUAUCUUGUCUAGCUAGCUUGGCAUGUGUACUUUAGCAAUAAGUCUCUCGGUCUUUUGUAGACCUUUUGCAUUUACUGCCAACUACAAUGGCUAGAUAUCUGGCAAUCACAUCCCUGUACUACUACUUUGGUGCUUGGGCCUCUUUAAGCAUUGUAGACUUCACCGACUGCUGUAUCCCAUUUCUCUUCAGAAAAGAUACGGUCAAGACCAAAUCACAAAGUCCAUUCCAGGGACUUGAUGGCAUUUUAAAUCCCCAAACUGUGUGUGUGUCCCAUUUACAUUUUUACAGAAGCAAUAUUUUAGCAGUAGAAAGAGCAGUAGUUCGAGGGACAUACACUACGAUCACUAGCAUUAUCUUGCUCAUUGGAAACAAGGACAUCUGUAUAAAUAAGUUGAAAAUGGAGGGUUUCUGCUGGGCAAUAUCAUGACUGAGCCUUACUGUGCCUAAGAAUCAAGCUGCAAUUUUAGUUUUCUUUUGUAUAGGUAUUAUGAUGUCUUUCAGAACGAAUAUUAUUAUUAGUGUUCACACAACUCACAAAUACAGUGAACAAUUUAUGAAAUGAUUCUAAUUUUGUUCCUGUUAUGUUUAAUAUUGUUUUUAUAUAUAUCAAGAACUACAUCAGGUGUAGAGAAUUAAAAAAAUAGGUGAAAACAUUACUUUGGAUCAUUUACGUCUUUUUUCAAGUCUUUUGAUACACAUUUGAAGUCCCGCCCAGUUGACUACUUCAAAAUUGUGAAAGUCCUCAAUGGCACUUCCCAUGCUAAAACAGGCUUUUGUGCACUAGUCCUCCAUCUAUCUCUAUGGUUCAGGUGCAUUAUGACAAAGAGGAAGAGGGAGAUCCAACUACCGGAAAAUCUGACUCCCUCCAGCAGGUGGCAUUUUUUGUUGUUGUUUAGCACACCAAGGAGUUUUUGUAUGGAGGUCAAUGAGAAAGUGUCACAUUUUGUCAAUAAAACAAUGAAUGGCU